AUAUUUAUAGUAUUCUAUGUAAUUGUUGUAUUUAAUAAAUUUAUAAAUAAGCUACACGUAUCUUAUAAUUCAUUGCUUUAACGAUAAUAAUUUAUUGUUAUGUAUGUAUUAUGUAGGUAUGUAAGUAUGUAAAUACAUACCGGGAUUGUUUGUUUUGCAAUUUGCGGGGCAUUUAUGUUACGUAUAUGUGCAUAAAUAAAAAAUGUCUUUAGAUCAAACAGUUUGUGAAGACCUAAAAGCUUUCGAAAGACGUCUUACUGAAGUUAUUGCGAGUUUGCAACCAGCUACUUUGCGAUGGAGAAGUACGUUUUUAUAUUUAUCUUGCUACUCGGUUUUAUCUCUGUUUGUACUGCUGUGGGUGCAUGGCAUUGGUUGACAGAUCCAAAUACACCUGCUGUAUCAUUCACACAGAGCUUAUGUAACCAUCCGUUUUUUGCAAUUGCUAGUAUUAUUUUAGUGAUAUUAUUUAUGAUGGGAGUUCAUAGACGUGUUAUAGCACCAAGUAUCAUAACUCAAAGAGCUAGAAGUGUUCUUGGUGACUUUAAUAUGAGUUGUGAUGAUACUGGAAAGCUUAUUCUUAAACCAACAAGACCACCACAUCCACACGAAACUUAAAAAAAA